AUGAUGAUGAAGGGAACAAAUCUUCCCAUCUUCCGCGGUCACUUCUUGGUUCCCCUGUGGGUCGUCGUUGUCAUCACGUCCUUGCUGUGCUGUACCGCCCAUAAAUCAAAAGAUGGGGCAGAAGACAAACCUGAAGAUUAUUACGCUACCUUGGGCAUUGCACGAUAUGCAAGUUCCGCUGAUGUAAAAAAGGCUUACCGCAAACUGUCACUGGAGAAUCACCCUGACAAGGCCGGUCCAGAUGAGGCCUUUGCAGCAGCAAAAAAGUUUCACCGGAUUUCCGAGGCGUAUGAGGUUCUAUCCAAGAUCCACACUCGCCGUCUCUACGAUCUCUACGGACACGAUUUCCUCCACAUGGAAGGGUAUUUUGAGGAACUGCCAAAGCGCGGCGGACGUGAGCUUUACCGGUACAAGAGAGGCGUCUUUCUCUUGUACGAACGUAAUCUCGACGGACUGCUUGCAAAAUCCCCGUAUACGUGGAUUCUGACGUUCGCACAGCCCGGAUGCGGAAACUGUGAAAGAAAUGUGCCGAUAUACUCGCAGCUGGGAGAAAAGACGAUGGAGACAGAGAACAUCCGACUGGCAGUUGUAAAUUGUCUUAUGUCGAAUCUGUGCCACUACUUCGGCAUUCACCAUCUCGGACAGGUCUUCCUCUUGCCUCCUGAGCAGGAAGGCGGAGGAUACUGGGAUAAACGCGAAUACACCGGCCCUCUCCGGGCAGACGCUCUCCUAGAGGCGGCAAAGCAAAUACCGGCGCCGAACAUGCAGGAAGUGGAGAGCGACAAAGUGGUGGAGAGGCAACUAGCUGGAAUCACCGGUGUCAAGCGUCCUGUGAGCUUGGAGCGGGUUGCAGCAGCAGACGUGGCAUGGCUAGUGAACUACCACAAGCCGUCUUGUCUGUCCUGUCGGCAAGCAAAGUCGGAGCUGCGGCAGGUUUCGCACCAGCUUCGGGAGAAGCUGACGAUCACCUUCGUCAACUGCGAUAUAUCUGUACACUACAUAUGGGCAUAUAUGCCGACGAUUUCGGGUAUCAUGCCCCCAACCUCUCUGCUGCUGCGCUUCCUAGCGAAGCAGCUCCACUGA